AUGACAUCUCAAGGAUGGGUAGCACAAAGGACUGUACCCAUUAUACAGAGUGACCCUACUAUUGGAUGCAAAGAGCUGUUGGGUCAUUUGGAAGAUACAUAUGGCACAACCAUUGAGUAUCAUACAGUGUGGCAAGGCAAAGAUAGAGCACAGAAAGAGAUAUAUGGUUGCAUGAGGCAGAGUUUUCAAUAUUUGUUUAAGUUCAAAGCAGAAGUUGAGAAGAGAUCCCCAGGCAGCAUUGUAGAGGUGGAUAUGAAGAUGGUUCACGAUAGAAGGAACCCCAAAUGGGAGGACUACGUGCAUGACUAUUUCUCUCUAGAGAAGUUUAGGGCGGCAUAUGCUGGAGAGGUUGAGCCAUUGACAGAUAGGUCUCAAUGGCCACAUGUACAAUUUCCAUUUGACAUGGAGGCUCCAUUAGACAAGAAAAGAGGUGUUGGAAGGCCUAGAAAAAACAGGUACAAGAUCUUCCUCGAAGGUGGAGAUGGUGGUCCUAAAAAGAAGAAAGAACCAAAAUAG